CAGAGCCACCACAGCCUGAGCAUGGAGGCCAAGGCCGCCUGCAGAGUCACAGGCUGUUACCCCGUGGACAUUCUGGAAGAUGACCCCAAAGGGCUUCAAGCAGCGGCCCUGGCUUACCACGCCAGGCUCGGGGCCGGCACAGGAGAAGUGUUCUCCCUGCCCACCGGGGAACAGGUGAAACUUGAGGCUUCAUCUCUUUGCUUCUGCCCUGUACAUCGUGACGACCCUCAGCACCAAAUCCUGGUCCUGGUCAGUCCCCGGAACACAAAGACAGGUGGGUGACUCUCACUGGUCUCAGAAC